GAACAUAACGCCUACCCGCUGAGCCGCACCGCGACCUGACUCCGACCCCCCGACGCGUCUCGCAUCCUCUCCCCUUUCUUUCUUGAGGCCAAAGCCGCAGACACACACGCCGUCGCCGCUCCCCAUCCCGUCCGCUCGCUCGCUCGCCGCUGCGCCGAUCUCCGCCGCCAUGGACGCCUCCUCCUCGCUCAUGGGCGGCCCCGCCUCCGCCGACGCGCCCACCGACGGGGAGCACCGGAUGGGCACCACCAUCGUCGGCGUCUGCUACGACGGCGGCGUGGUCCUCGCCGCCGACUCCAGGACCAGCACCGGAAUGUAUGUGGCAAACCGUGCUUCGGACAAGAUUAGUCAGCUCACAGAUAAUGUCUAUGUCUGCCGCUCCGGAUCUGCUGCGGAUACACAAAUUAUUUCAGAUUAUGUACGCUAUUUUCUCCACCAACACACAAUUCAGCUUGGGCAACCUGCUACCGUGAAAGUUGCAUCCAACUUGGUUAGGUUGCUGGCCUAUCAGAACAAGAGCAUGUUGCAAGCUGGAAUGAUAGUUGGUGGAUGGGAUAAGUACGAAGGAGGCCAAAUUUACUCAGUCCCUCUUGGUGGGACAAUUCUGAGGCAACCAUUUGCAAUUGGAGGAUCUGGUUCCAGCUAUCUGUAUGGAUUGAUGGACCAUGAAUGGAAAGAGGGGAUGACCCAGGAAGAAGCUGAGAAGUUUGUGGUGAAGGUGGUUUCCCUUGCUAUUGCACGUGACGGUGCUAGUGGAGGGGUUGUUCGCACCGUUACUAUAAAUGAGGAGGGCGUUAAGAGGAGCUUCCACCCUGGUGACAAGCUGCCACUGUGGCAUGAGGAGAUGGAGCCCCAGAACUCGCUCCUGGACAUCCUCGCGGCCGGGAGCUCUGAUGCCAUGGUCCAGUGAUAUUUGCGUGCUUCCCACUACUGUACCUGAUGAUGACUUGUUCUAGAUUUGAGCUGAAUGUUGUUAAGAGAUUGUGCCGAAUUGUUCCACACCAACUUAUUUUCCUUGUUAUUACGAAUUAAUAGCACUGUA